GGGAGCAGAGCACGGUGUAGCUCCCCUAGAAUGACUGGCCACCACGGUUGGGGAUAUGGGCAGGAUGACGGACCUUCAGAGUGGCACAAAUCUUAUCCUAUUGCCCAAGGGAACCGCCAGUCACCUAUUGAUAUAGUUUCUGCAAGAGCAGUUUAUGACCCUAAUCUGAAGCCGCUUAUUAUCUCCUAUGAAUCAUGUACAUCUCUCACCAUCUCCAACAAUGGCCAUUCAGUCAUGGUUGAGUUUGAAGAUACUGAUGACAAGACAGCAAUCAGCGGUGGUCCCUUUGAGAAUCCAUUUCGGCUCAAGCAGUUUCACUUUCACUGGGGCACAAAGGACAGCCAGGGAUCGGAGCAUACAAUUGAUGGCAAACCUUUUCCAUGUGAGCUCCACUUAGUUCACUGGAAUGCCAGAAAAUACGCAACAUUUGGAGAAGCAGCAGCAGCUCCAGAUGGCUUGGCAGUAGUUGGUGUUUUCUUGGAGAUUGGGAAAGAACAUGCCAAUAUGAACAGACUCACUGAUGCUUUGUACAUGGUAAAAUUUAAAGGAACAAAAGCUCAAUUUACAAGCUUCAACCCCAAAUGUCUACUGCCUUUGAGUCUAGAUUAUUGGACAUACCUUGGUUCUUUGACAACACCACCCCUUAAUGAGAGUGUAACAUGGAUAGUGCUGAAAGAACCCAUCAGAAUUUCAGAGAAACAGCUGGAGAAAUUCCGCAUGCUCCUAUUCACUAGUGAGGAAGACCAGAGGAUCCAAAUGGUGAAUAAUUUUCGUCCCCCUCAGCCUCUUAAGGGGAGAGUAGUUCGAGCUUCCUUCAAGGCCUGAAGAAAACGGAUAAUAGCCCUGAGAUAUCCAAA